AUGCGCCGUGUAGUAGUGACCGGCCUCGGAGCCAUCACGCCUCUGGGAGUCGGCGUAAGACGAACAUGGACUCGUCUACUCAACAGCGAAUGCGGCAUCGUCAGCGUCGCAGAUCUUGAGCCUCAAGCACGAUGGAAAGAGUUGACGAGCACAGUCUCUGGGUUAGUGCCCAGGGGCAAAGGAGAGGGAGUAGGGCAAUGGAGGGCGUCGGACUGGUUCAGUGCGAAUGAGCAGAGACGAAUGUCCAAAUUUACACAAUAUGCCGUCGCUGCGAGUGACAUGGCUCUUAAAGACGCAGGAUGGGAGCCCAAGGGCGCAGAGCAGCAGGAGGCAACUGGCGUGUGUAUUGGAAGUGGUAUUGGGAAUCUGGAUGAGAUUUAUGAGACCAGCUUAGUGCAUCACAAAGAUGGCUAUAAAAAGGUAUCGCCACUGUUUGUGCCCAAGAUCCUGAUCAACAUGGCUGCUGGACACAUCGCCAUGAAAUACGGCUUCCAGGGCCCUAACCAUGCUGCUACAACAGCUUGCACGACCGGCUCACACUCAAUAGGGGACGCAUCACGGUUUAUCGCAAUGGGAGACGCCGAUGUCAUGAUCGCAGGGGGUUCAGAGUCGUGCAUCCAUCCUCUAGCAUUCGCUGGGUUCGGCAGGGCAAGAUCCCUAUCGACGGCCUACAACGACAACCCCACAGCAAGUUGCCGCCCCUUCGACGCCGCUCGCAAUGGGUUCGUCAUUUCUGAGGGCGCCGCAGUGCUGGUCUUGGAAGAGCUAGAGCACGCCAAAGCACGAGGAGUUCGUAUCUACGCCGAGAUCAAAGGCUACGGCUGCAGCGGCGACGCUCACCACAUGACAGCACCGCGCAAGGAUGGACAUGGUGCAUUUCUUGCCAUGAAGAAGGCUCUCAAGAGCGCUGGGGUCAAGCCUCACCAGGUCGACUAUGUGAACGCCCACGCCACAGCAACCAACGUGGGAGACACAGCAGAAACAUCUGCUAUACGACGACUUAUGCUGGGUGAAGAGGGGCACCAGAAAGAGUCGGAUGUUACUGUUAGUAGCACCAAAGGCGCAGUAGGACAUUUGCUGGGUGCUGCUGGUGCCAUUGAGGCUCUAUUUUCUAUUAUGGCCAUUCACGAGGGAGUUGUGCCGCCAACAUUAAAUCUGGAGAAGCCAGACGUUGGUGCUGCCUUUAACUUUGUACCAAAUGAGGCACAAGAGAAGGCGGUUGGUGUAGCAGUGUCCAACAGCUUUGGAUUUGGCGGCACAAAUAGUUCGCUAGUAUUCGCCAAAUAUCAAUGA